AAAACCGUCUCGGGCUUUGGGCGCCGCGCGAGCUGGUGGGAGUGGGACACCGCGACGAUCGAUGCAGGCGAUUCGCCCGGGCCGUUCGUGCCGCCUGGGCCGUUCCUGCGGCCGCGACGGCGUCUCCUCCCGCUGCCUUGCUCGGCUCCACCGUAGCAGCGGCAGUAGCAACGGGGGCGGAGGAGCAGUGAGGUGCGCGAAGGCAGCCGCGCAGUCGAUGGAGGCCGUGAAGAAGGACGAGGAGGCGAGGGUGGUGGCGCUGCGGGCGGUGGAGGCAACGCCCGAGUCGUUCGCGCCGUUCGGCCAGGUCAUCGCCGCCACACCCGACGGCGACGAGUUCGGCCCCCACGACGCCCAGCUCGACCUCACCCGCGGCAUCCCAAGGUUCUACAUCAUGAGGUUGGAGAAGCGGCCGCUCAAGUUCUGGACGAUCACCCACCACGCGAGCGUGACCCAGUGCCUCGGCUCCAUCGGCGGCGAAGAUUGGUACCUCGGCGUGGCCAAGCCCUCGAUCGUGGAGGAUGGGGCACACGAGCAGGGCGGCGAUGGGAGGAAGCCCGUGCAGUCGCGUGCUGGCCACUACUACCUUCCUCCCGAUCCAGCUGAAGUCUGCGUCUUCAGGGUUUCCGGCGCUAAGUUUCUGAAGCUGCACAUCGGGACCUGGCAUGCGGGGCCGCAGUUCAAGGCGGAUGCGGUGGAUUUCUACAACCUGGAGCUCAGCAACACCAAUAUUGUCGACCACACUACGCACGAUUUCAAGAAAGACGACGGGGUAACUUUUGUGAUUGAGGACUGAGACACAUUUCACAACCUAAGGCUGGGUAAUGAAUAUGCUAGACUGUUUGCAUGUCUUGUCUGUUUCCUGAGUUUUUAAUGAACAAUCGAUAUGCAAAUGUGAUGUACAAUAUGCACAUAUGAGCUGCUUGUUCAAGUCAUUGUAAAAAACAAAUUAAGAAAAAAGAGGCAAGGGGAGUCUCUAGUGGGUACACCCAAAAGGGCAAAAAGCCGUCCAGUAUGAAAUGAUGUUGCUCUUUUCUGAAAACAAUAUGAAUGAUUUGAGUCAAUAAGUGAUGUAUUUCCAGAGAGAGAACUAUCAGACAAUGGACUUUCUGGUA